AUGGCUUCGGCGGCGGCUGGCGGCAGCCCAGCGGCCGUGUGGUUGAAAGCGGAGGACUUGCAAUGCCCCAUCUGCCUGGGCCUACUGAGCAGCCCGGCCACGCUGCUGUGUGGCCACAGCUUCUGCCUGGGCUGCAUUCGGCGGUGGACGCAGAGCCAAGGACGCUGCAUCUGUCCCAACUGCCAGCGCGGCUGGCUCAAGAAGCUGCCCGAACGGAACGUCUUGCUGGAGCUCGUGCUGGAGCAGUAUCGGCGCGCUGCCUCCGACCAGGCGCUCCCUGCCCGAGGGCCGCUGCCGCCCCAGCUCUGCCUCCCAGGACGCAGCGGGCAGUCCGCCGCCGCCGCCCCCCGCGGCUUGCAGGAUGUGAUGAAAAUAAGUGAUGUCUCCAAACAAAUAGAGGUGGCUCUCAAGGCAUCUGCCAGUUCGAGGAAGGAUAGCACUGAAAUGAAGGAUUGUGUGUCUCAGAUCAAAAGCUCAGUUACAGAAGCAUUCAGUUUUAUGAAGAAGUACAUUAAUGACCAAGAGAAAACAGUGCUGGAUGUUAUUGAUCAAGAAUAUGCCACAGUCCAACAAAAAACCGAUUUAAUGAAUGAACAACUCACUGCAAGAAUUGAUCGGCUUUUGGAAUUGCAGAGCAACUCUGAAGAAGUGAUGAAGAAUACCUCACCAGAACAAGAAGUCCACAUUGGCAAUUCUAUCAGAGUGAAUGAAGUUACUCUUGCUGUUCAGAGGAUUAGUAGCAUCACAUAUGCUGUGGAAGAGUUCAAAAGACAGCUGGAAAAGUCAAUCUCGGGGAAUUACCCAGCACAGCUGCCUGAAGAGUCUUCUCCCGGAACAAGCAAUGACAUCCAAAUGGAUGCAGCCGAGAAUGAACCUGCCUCCUCCAGCAAUUCUUCACAAAGUCAAGAUUCUCUUCAGACAACUAGCAGCUGCUCUUCGGCAAUAUCGUCUGCCAGAGGUAGCCCAGUGUCAAUGAUUUCAAGUCCGUUUUCUCAGUGGGCAUCUGACGUGACUUUUGAUCUCAAGAGACUCAACUGCAAACUGGAACUCUCAAGGGAUAAAAGGACGGUGAUGGUGUCCCGUUAUCCUCCGGAAUAUGAACAUUCUCCUUUGAGAUUCCGCGUCAGCCAGGUGAUGGGCUCCCAAAGUUUCACUGAGGGCUGCCAUUAUUGGGAAGUCAGCACUAAAAACUCUGCUGCAUGGGCCAUUGGUGUUGCCAGUGGGGAAAUUGGUAACACUGACUUACUAGGGAGAACGGCACUAUCCUGGUGCAUAGAGUGGUCGGAUCAUGAUCAUCUCUCAGCAUGGCACAGGAAAGAAAAAACUCGCCUUACUGAACAGAAACCUCUGCGGGUUGGAGUUCUCCUUGACAUUCCCCAGAACCGCUUGUCUUUUUACUCUCUCACCGAUAAGCAAACUCACUUACAUCAGUUUCAAAUCAAUGUGGCCAGUCCCGUUUACCCUGCCUUUUGGAUUUAUGGUAUGAAUAUAGAUGAUUGCCUAACUAUAAACAAUAUUGAAAGAUGUUAAGGCAUAGCUACACUAUAAAUGUAUAUUGUCUUCAUGCCACUUUCCCCCAAGGAAUCCCAGCAAUUGUCGUUUUGCUAGGGUGCUGCUUUGUUAAACACGUGAAAUGAUCCUUCCUUCCCUCCUCCGCCAUUCCUUAAGAGGGAAGGACUCUGAAAACCAGUUUAACGCUAGCAUGCCAAGGGUCUGCAUUGUCGCUGGAUGGAGGAUAGAAAAUAUAUGGCUGGAGGAAGAGCUUCAAGUUUGGAAUGCAUAAGGGCUUUUUCUCCUCCCUGGCCAUUACCGCUUUUAGAACUAAAUUGCCUGUGUGUCUGCUGUCCUUGCAGCAGCUUCAGGGCUGGCUUACUAAAUUUGACUGAGCCCCACAAUACUAAAUAAUACACCUACAGAAAAUGGGCAGAAAAUUCAUAGAAUCAUAGAAUAGUAGAGUUGGAAGGGGCCUAUAAGGCCAUCAAGUCAGUGCAGGAAUCCACCUUAAAGCAUCCCUGACAGAUGGCUGUCCUGCUGCCUCUUGAAUGCCUCUAGUGUGAGAGAGGCCACGACCUCUCUAGGCAAUUCUUGGAGGUCUGUUUACCCCCAAGCUUUAAACAUUAAUAUAUAUUUUUAAAAUACAAACUUUAAACUUUAAAGCAUGUUUAAAUCCUUGACCAAUGUUUACAUGUAUAUGAAUCUUAACUUUCUAGCAAUUGCUCAAAAAAUUGCCCAUUUUCUGAAAAGAGGUUAAAAGACAGUCUUCUUUCUUUAAUUUGAAUGUGACAAGUUAGUUUGGCAAGAACAACAAAGUCACAUAGUUUUCCCAUUCUUCUAUAUUAUAGAAUAUGCAUACAUAUAAAUACAAUUCUUGAAGCUGGGGCUUUGGGGCUUGUGGCAGCAGUUGGUAAUCCAGUCAUUAAACUUGCUCAAAAAGUCAGCACCAGAGUUCCAAACUGCUGCCUAAGGCAGAGGUCGGCAACGUGGUGCCCAUGUGCUCCAAUGCCUCCCUGGGCACCUUUCUUGCUGCCCUGCCCCUCUCACUUAAAAAUAAAUAAAUAAAUAACACACUUUCUUACCAGCACCUAGAAUUGCUCUGAAGUAGGUUUGUAUUGGUGCUGUUUAGUGUGUUGGAGCUCAUCCCCCACCUCUGUUUUUGGGCAGGUUACUUGUCCUUCGUCACCCCUUGUAUGGCAGCCAUUUUGUAAUGGUGCCCAGGACAGAUUCUCAAAUUGCCACAUAUGCCAAUAGCCCGAAAAGAUUGCCUAUCCCCAACCUGAAGUGUGGAGGCAGGGGCAAGUGCGCUGCUAUAAAUUUGCAAGUAAAUAAGCUCCAACUCUUUCAUGUCAUGAGGUACAGAAGCCCUCCUCUCCAGCAUGGCCAGAAAUCCAACAAGUAAUAUAAAAUGAUAAUUUCCCAUAUCUUCAUCCUUCUCUUAGUUAGAAGAAAGAGUAAUUGCCCACACAAAUUUUAUAGGGAGCCAAUCAGAUAAUACAAAAAGGAAUAAGGGUCUGUGCCAAGGGUACAAGAGGUAGGCCAUAAGCUUUAUCAGGGGGGGGGAAUCCCAAAGCAACUUUAUUUCUUAGAAAAAUCUGCAUGCAGAAUCAUUUGGAUGGCUCGGGUAUGCUGGGAGUUGUGGGAUUUUUUUCUGUCUAAAUAUGUAUAGGAAUACGUCUUCAGUAACCUUACAUUUGGUGCUUACCAAAUGAAUACAUUUUCAUGUGCUAUGACUAGCUUUUAUGCUUACCUCUAGGAGGUUUUCAAAGUAACUAUCUUUCUGAUGCCACAUUUUUAUUGCAAGAGCUAUAGCUUGGUAACAGGUGAUAAAUGGGGGGGGGGGGAAUCAAAUAAUAAAGAAGACAAAUGCCUGGGAUUGACCUCAAAUGCAGACCUGUGUUCAGUCUUAUAAUUCACAAAUGCAGAAAGAUAAUAAGAAUGUUGAAGGACUCAGGGGAGUUCUAAAGAGCUGAUAAAGUCUAGAAUGUGGGUCAGGAAUUAAGAAAUGAAGGAACAGUCAUGUUUUGUUUUGUUUUAUUUGCAUAAUUUGCAUCCUUUUCCUGCCAUAAAAUACUUCAGUUAGCUUGAGAAUAUAAUUGUGGACUACAAACAUACAAAAUAUUCAUCAUAACACCCAUCAAUAAAAUGGAUUUAUUUUUA